GCCUGCGUGCCGCGGGCCCACGGAGCCGAGGCUUGGUCGGGAGUGGGCCCCGCGUUACGCGGCUGGAGCCGCGUCUCCUGACGGCUCGGCCCCCAGCCGGGGCUCGGGCAGGGGCCCGGGCCCCCGGGACAUGGCCCUCCGGUGUGAGCAGUGUGACGGCCCUACUUGCAGCCGCUGGGACGGUGGCACCCAAGAGGCAGUGAGAGCCUCGGCAUUGGUGCAAUACAAAGUAUGCAUGGGGGUGGCACAUACAGGAGUGUCUUCUUCACCUGCCACUAACAUCUAGCCUUGGACUGACUGAGGUAAGAAAGGCAGUGCGAGGGCCUGAACAGACAGCAGCCAGGAUCCACAGACUUCAACACCAAAAGGAAAAAGAAAGUGGCAGAAAUAUACCAGGCUCUGAACAGUGAACCCACUGAUGUGGCUGCCCUCAGACGCAUGGCUAUCAGUGAAGGAGGACUCCUGACCGAUGAGAUCAGACGAAAAGUGUGGCCCAAGCUCCUCAAUGUUAGCACCAGUGACCCACCACCUGUACCAGGAAAGGACCUACGGGAGGUGAGCAAGGACUACCAACAAGUGCUGCUGGAUGUCAGGAGGUCCCUACGGCGCUUCCCCCCUGGCAUGCCAGAUGAGCAGAGGGAAGGGCUCCAGGAAGAGCUCAUCGACAUCAUCCUCCUCAUCCUGGAGCGGAACCCUCAAUUGCACUACUACCAGGGCUACCAUGAUAUUGUGGUCACCUUUCUGCUGGUGGUAGGCGAGAAGCUGGCAACGUCCUUGGUAGAAAAGUUAUCUACCCACCACCUCAGGGAUUUCAUGGAUUCCACAAUGGACAACACCAAGCACAUAUUAAACUACCUGAUGCCCAUCAUUGACCAGGUGAAUCCAGAACUCCAUGACUUCAUGCAGAGUGCUGAGGUGGGGACCAUUUUUGCCCUCAGCUGGCUCAUCACUUGGUUUGGGCAUGUCCUGUCUGACUUCAGGCACGUGGUGCGGUUAUACGACUUCUUCCUGGCCUGUCACCCGCUGAUGCCCAUUUACUUCGCAGCUGUGAUCGUAUUGUACCGUGAGCAGGAAGUCCUGGACUGUGACUGUGACAUGGCCUCAGUCCACCACCUGUUGUCCCAGAUUCCUCAGGACUUGCCCUACGAGACACUGAUCAGCAGGGCAGGGGACCUCUUUGUUCAGUUUCCCCCUUCUGAGCUCACACGAGAGGCGGCUGCCCAGCAACAAGCCGAGAGAACGGCAGCCUCUACCUUCAAAGACUUUGAGCUGGCAUCAGCUCAGCAGAGGCCAGACAUGGUGCUUCGGCAGCGGUUUCGGGGACUUCUGCGGCCCGAGGCUCGAACAAAGGAUGUCCUGACCAAACCAAGGACCAACCGCUUUGUGAAACUGGCAGUGAUGGGACUGACCGUGGCACUUGGAGCAGCCGCCCUGGCGGUGGUGAAAAGUGCCCUGGAGUGGGCCCCGAAGUUCCAGCUCCAGCUAUUCCCCUGAGUGCAGCCACACCGGGCCACUUCUCCUCACAGUGCAUCCAGGCCUUCCCCUUGCAUGGAAGGACUGAGAUGGAGGAGUUUCUUUGAUUAAAGGGUUUCAGCUAAGGGUGUGUUUUUUCCACCACCCUUUCCUGUCCGUCUGUGUGGCUGUGGCCGGGGGUGCAGCAGAGCCGGCUGACACUGUGGGCCACAGGCUGGAUGCAUCACUCCACACACCUGAGCUCCGCUGUGGGAUGUGGGCUUUCAGCUGCCAGAUGCUUGGGAGCCCCUGGGCCCACACUUUGGGUGCCCACAGGAAGGAAAGGGUCACUGCUGAAGAAGUCAGGCCUCAGAGGAGAGUGAGAGGGCAGAGGACUCCAGCUGGGAGCCAGAUGGGCCUUGUCAAGAGCACCUCUGUUAGCUGACCAGAAAUCAGACACAAACUAAAUCAUUGGAUAAGUCCUACCUGGCUUCACUAGAAAUCACAUGUCUGUACUGGACAUUUGCAGUACGGCAGAAAGGAAUAUUCCUAAAGUGGUUUCCCUGCCUUCUACCCACUAUCCCAUUCCCUUGUACAAGAGAUACCAUUUAUAGAAGACACUUUCAUAACUAGUUUUAGAAUCAUAUACACUUAAUAUGUAAGGUAUUCUCACUUUAAUAAGUUCCUUUAUGGAAAAAAAUAGCCCUCAUCAGAAAGAUGCUUCUAAGCAUCCGUGCUUCUAAGUUUAUUUUCUACUCAGCUCUUUAACAUUUCACAUUUGCCAGCAAUGCUGUUUGUAAACAGACUCACACUUCCAAAGUGCCCACUCCUAGCCACCUUCCCUUCCUUCCUGGUUAGCAUAAAUCUCCAGUCUCCUCCCAGCAAGGCCUACUCUGCCUUGGCAUUGUCUUGGUUUGACUGGUCCUCAAUGGCCCAUCUCUGCCUCGAUGGAAAACGUCAGUGGAAACUAGCUGACCCUGAAAGGGAACAGCGCAGCCUGAGGAGCGUGGCAGGAGCCAGCAACAGCAGGCCUUCCCCAGGCCGCUCCGAGGACCUGCAGGCCUUGGGAGCAAGGGCAAGUCUCGGACCUGAAACAGCUUUCCUGUAAGUGAAGCCAGGUUGGUUUUAUAACUUGGGCUUGAAAAUAGAAAGUGCCUUUUGCUGCUUUAGAGAAUUGGAGGGUGUAGUGCAAAGCAGCCAUGUGCUUUCCUCCUGGUCAUCCUGCCACUCUUCUUUCAUGGCGGGCGCCCUCUCCAGGCAGACGUGCUGGAAGCGCUCCUCCCCACGCCCCUGUGCCUGUGUGCAGGGUGGGGUCCCCGGCUGCUUGGCAGAGGUGUCUGCAUGGUAAACUAAGCACUUCAGACCCAGACAAGCUCACCAUGGCCAUCACCACAGCAGGAGCCCCACCUGAGGAGGGGACCCAGGGGGAUUAACUCGGUGAUAGCUUCAUCAGGACAGCAGAACAUUCUGCUGGGAUCCAGAGGUGACAGGGUGGCAGAUGAGCCCAGUCCUGUCUCCCAGCAAGUGUGUCCCGGCGUCUACAAAGGACGCAGCAUCUGUUCCUCUGGCCAUAAGUACUCACACCUGCGUAUAAUCUGAAGGCAUCAUGGUGUGGAAGGGGAGGUGCUGUGGCCCAAGGAGAAAAUUCAUGUGGUAGCUUUGCUCACACCAGGAUUCUCGUCUGCUACUGAGAAGAAAGCAUCUAUUUACCUUCAGGUGAUUUACUUAUUCUGUAAAGAAUAUGUGUAAAUACUUUGUACAGAGCCCUGUAUGAAAUAAACAGCCAUAUAUGGUUACAAAUCCCA